CCGUAGCAUCUCAGCCUCCCUCACCCCCCACCCGGCACAGCCGCGCUCCGUCCGCCGCCGCCACAGUCGGCCCGCCCCGCCCCGCCCCGCCCGCGCCGCCGCGGGGGCCUGCAUCGCCGGCCGAGCCAUGGCGGCGCUGGAGUGGUUCGCGCACAAGCCCCUGGGCGGCGGUAUCUUUUGGAUCCAGGAACGCUUCUACGAGUCGGGCAACCGGGCCAACAUCUGGCUGGUGCGGGGCUCGCAGCGAGACGUGGUGAUCGACGCGGGGCUGGGGCUGCGCAGCCUGCCUGCCUACCUGCGUGACGCCGGGCUGCUGGCGCCGGCUGAGGGCGCCGGGCCGCGGCCGCUGCUGGCCGUGGCCACCCACGUCCACUUCGACCACUCGGGCGGGCUGCAGCACUUCGAGGAGGUGGCGGUGCACAGCGCCGAGGCGGCGGCGCUGCUCCAAGGCGACAACUACGAGGCCGUGACGUGGCUGUCGGAGCGGGAGGUGGCGCGGCCGCCGCGGCCCGGCUGGAGCGCCCGGCAGUUCCGCGUCCCGCCCGUCCGGGCCUGCCGCAUGCUGCACGAGGGGGAUGUGAUCGACCUCGGAGAUCGACAGCUCACUGUCAUGCACAUGCCUGGUCAUUCACGAGGCAGUAUUUGCUUACAUGACAAGGACCGGAAGAUUCUGUUCAGUGGAGAUGUGGUGUAUGAUGGAUCUAUGAUCGAUUGGCUUCCUUACAGCAGUGUCAGCGACUACAUUGCAAGCUGCCAGCGCCUGAUGGAGUUAGUAGAUAGAGGUCUUGUGGAGAAGGUACUACCUGGGCACUUUAACAUAUUUGGAGCAGAAAGGCUGUAUUGGUUAGCUUCCAACUACAUUUCCCAAGCUGGAAUUUGUCACAAGAUUUCUACCUGUGCUAUGAGAUCCAUUGCAAGCAUAGCACUUCAUAUUGCAAAUUCAAGAAUCACUUCUCAAUGACAGUCAAUUUUGUGUGAUCUGUCACAUGCUGUAAAACCAAAUGGGUUGUGAAAGCAUCAAUAACAAGCAGAAGCAGUAUGUGUUAGCAAAAAGAUGGCCAAUUGAUACAGGUGAGCUUAAAAAAUUCUCCCUGUUUUUUCCUACUUUAUUUAUUUAUUUCAUAUUUUUAUAAAAACUCUGUAAACUAGUAGCUUUAGCCAAAGCUAUAGUUUUUCUUUCUGCUUUUUCAGAGCAUGUUUUUACAUGUAUUGCAAUUGAAAUAUAUUGUUUUAUUUUUGUUACAACUCUGGCAGAUGGAUAUAUAAGAAAAUAAGAGGUUUUACAUUCAUGCCUGAAACCUUGUAGAUAUUGUGGGAGGGGGUGUGGUUGGUGACCUCCCUGCUUUACCAUGGGAGGCCACAGAUGUGUAGUUUUCCCGCCUCCCAAGUUGUCAGUUAUCUGUUAUCCCUUCCCCCUGUUUAUGUCAAUCAUUUGGUACUCCUUCCCCAGUUCCAGAAAGUUCCAAGUUCUUUGUACCCCCAUUAGUUCUCCCCCCAAAACCACUCCUUCCCUCUAUCCCAGUUGGCCGUUGCCAUGUCACUCUCUGUUGACUCCGCCCUCAUGCCCUCACUUGUACCCUGACCCUCCUUCCCUGUUACUGUUAUAAACCCUGCCCCGCCCCUGGUUCGGGGCUCUCAGAGCUGGCUAUCCCUCUGAGUGGCUGUGUCCCUUCGCUACCCACCUCACCUUUCCUCUCUGAAGCCCUCAGAAAUAAAGCCUACUGAGAGUCACCCGCCUGGUGGAAGUUCUCUCUCUCUCUACGACCAUCGACACGCUCCUGAGGUCCCCGACCCUGCAGCUAUCUGGAGCGGUCUGGGGAAACCCCCGGGGACGCGUUAGAUAUAGUACUAGAUUUGUGAUUAUUCAUCACCUCCUGUUCAGGUUUUGAUGUAACAGAGCUCUUGCUAAGACCUAGUGUGUGCUAGGAGCAGUGCCAUUAGGUCACAGCAGGAGCAACAUCUAUGCAGGACUCAGUGAGCAGAACAAGAUAAUUCUGCAGCCACUGCCACCUGUUAGCAUGGUAUCUGCUGCACCUAUCACUACUUGGAAGUUUUAUCUUUGCAGAACACUCGUCUGGCAGUUUCUGUAGAAUACACUAACACAAGGAAAUUCUAUAGACCAGACUUUCAAGCUGUAAGUCACAUACAUCAGUUUAUCACAAAAGCUUUUGGUGCAGACAGCCUGUUGAGGCUUUCAUGUUUCCUGGUGCAAGGAACCACUGCACCAGGAGUGAGGGAGCAGGCAGGAGCACUCUCACUCACCAUUGGCUAGGGAACUGUUCUGCUUGUAGGCAUGUGAGUUAGGAAUUAGACCAUUUGUGAACUUGUGAAUUAAUGUGUUACAUUACCCUGUACAAAGUGGAUUGAGCUUUUGCGGGUUGUGUUAAUUUUUUUUCUGAUCAGCUUAUUAAAAAUAUUUGGAGAGUCUGUUGUUCUGGAAAGCUGAGAGAAAAGCUUUGUUUGUUUCUGCUAAAGGGUAUUUUUAUGUGAUGGUAUUGUAACUUGGUUGUUAAUCAUCUCUUUGGGGGGGGAUUGAAGCUUUAACAAGACCUUGCCAUAGUGAAGGUGCUGCAUUAAGCACCCAGUACACUUUUUAUCACAAAAUGAAUGUAAUUCAAAUUGUUUACUGUUUGCAUCUGAAGUAUAUGCUGCACAUGAUUGUUCUGAAAUGUAAAGUGUGUUGCAUUGGGUUUGUUCCAAAAAAAAAAAAAUAUUGGCUAUAUUGAGAAGUGCUAAAUAGCAUUGUAAUUUGCUUAUGAAAAUUGAAUGUGUGAUAUUUAAAAGCUGCUGAAAUGUUAGACUUUGUGUAAUUAUUCUAACAGUUUGUACAUAUUUAACUUUUUUAAUGGACACUGUAAGAAUUUGUUUUUGUACAUAGACAUAUAUAUGUUCCUAAAAAGACUGCAAAUGUUUCUCUUAAAUUUUAGUGCACUUGAA